GGAAAUGUGCUGAAAGCGCACGCACCCAAAUGAUCAUGUGACACAGAACUGACUCAAAGGAUCAGGAAGCCAGCGCAGAAACUGACUUUGGUUUAAACGUAAUAAGAGUUGCUCAAUGCUUUGCCAUGGAUUAUCAGCGUGGAGUGCUCAAGGACCCAAACCAGCUUGCACAGACAAUCAGUUCCAACAUACAAAAGAUCACACAGCAAACAUCUGAAAUCCAGAGGGUUGUCAAUCAGCUAGGGACUCCACAGGACACCACUGAGCUGAGACAAACGCUACAACAGAAGCAGCAAAAUGUCAACAAUCUCGCCAAAGAAACGGAUAAGUUGAUGAAAGAGUUUGGUUCCUUACCAGUAACAACAGAGCAGCGCCAAAGAAAGAUCCAGAAGGACCGCCUCAUCAAUGAUUUCUCCAAUUCCCUGGCCAUUGUCCAAAGGACUCAGAGACAGGCUGCACAGAAAGAGAAGGAGUUUGUUGCCAGAGUUCGUGCCAGCUCCAGAGUAUCUGGUGGUGCCCCGGACAAUGACUUUGGAGGAAAUACUAAUCCAUUUGGAAGUGAAAGUCAGGCACAGAUCCAGGCAGAGGAGGACACCAUUACUGAGGAGGACUUGUAUCUCAUCCAGGAGAGAGAACAGGGCAUACAGCAGCUAGAGUCUGACAUUACAGAUAUCAAUGAAAUCUUUAAAGACUUGGGAAUGAUGGUCCAUGAGCAGGGAGACAUGAUAGACAGCAUAGAGGCCAAUGUUGAGAGUGCUGACAUCAACGUCCAUUCCGCAACUCAGCAGUUAGCACAAGCAGCAGACUAUCAGCGUAAGUCAAGGAAGAAGAUCUGCAUUCUGAUAGUCCUUUUGGUGAUCGUGGCAGUAGUCAUUGGUUUGAUCAUCUGGGGCGCUUUAAAGGGAUGAGGCCUUUUCCAGUCGGCUGUUGCUGCUGGCUGUGCGCUGAAUCAGGGCCAAACCCCUUUAGGGACGGCUGCUACCAGGCAUAUGUCAUGAUUCUGUCAAUCUUUGAUUUUCAUCUUGAAUGACACUUCAUACCCUGUUAUGCUGUAAAUGGUUUCAAAGAUCCAAACAAAGGGAUGCUCAUUUUAAUAAUGUGCUUUUUUAUUUUUGGACUAUAAUGACCUCUGAGGUGAAAUUUCCAAUUUUUAGAUAUUUUAUAUAUUUUAAAUGUGUAUAGUUAUAUUUCUUCAGAUGCCAAAUGCAUUAACAAAUGACCUAACUAUGCAGAAACUUUAAUAAAAGCAUUCCCUUUUUUCUAUUACACCUGUUAACCUGAACUUUAUAGUAAUAAAAAAGAGCAUCACUCUUCAAGAUGCAUGCCAUUCAUCACUAGUGAACUCACACUGAGAAAAUGUUUUCUUUAUAUGUAAUGUCUUGGAUGUUCACUGUGCAAUAUUGUAAAUUAAACAUUGUAUAAGAGAUUCA